AUGCCGCCUUCUCGUCCGCAGCCUAGCCAACCCGUCACCCUGGCCCAGGCCUCGACCCUCCAGACGUCGGGCGGCCAGACCGAGGGCAUGGAGCGCAGCAACGCCAUUACGAACCUCUGCGACGGCAUCUGCGCGUCUCGCAUGAUUGCCGAGCCGCACACGUCGUCGGCGGUGCACCACCACGGCGAACAAGACACGGUCAUUUUUUGCGCGAGCGGGCGCGGGGCCAUCACUUCCGAAGGCGGGAGCAAGCGGACCCAGCUGGAGCCCGGCGAUUUCUGUCUCAUUCCGGCGUGGAUGGAGCAUCAGGAGGUCAAUGAUGGGGACGAGAAGCUUGUGCUCUGUGUUGUGAGGAGUGGAAGGACGCCUGCAGUGGUGAAUCUGACGGGAUGGGGUGGGGAGGACGUCAAAUGA